UUUAUCAUUACAGUUACAUUACAAGAACAGUAAGCACCCCUGUAAUCUCGGUCCUAUGAAUUCACCGUUUACAAAACGAAAGUAGACGUAGUAGGUAAACAGGAAAAACCUGACCUUGAGUAAGGUUUUCGUUAUAAAGUAUAAGGAGUGUACAGGUACAACAAGGAAUACAAGAAAGUGUAACACCAUGGCGUCUAAGUCUAACUGGCAGGACGAACUGACAUUGCUGGAGAGUAUGGACUACAUGCUGACAAAUGGAGUGGACUGUGACAUCUCGUUUAAGCUGGGAAAGGCGGGGUCAGAUAUCGUCCCCGCCCACAAAUUUGUUCUGGCCAUUAGGAGCUCGGUGUUCAGGCCUAUGCUGUUCGGUCCGUUGGCGGAGAAAGACAGUACAGUGGAAAUUCCGGAUGUUGAGAGUGACACAUUUAAAUGUUUUCUCCGAUUUCUGUACACGGACACAUGUACUAUAACGGCUGACAACGUCCUGGCUCUGAUGUACGCAGCCAACAAAUACAAUGUAGGACGGCUGGUCAAGGAAUGUGGUCAGUUUAUAACGGACAACUUGUCCACAGCCAACGUAUGUACCAUAAUGGAGACUGCCUAUUUGUUUGAUAAUCAAGACUUACGUCAGAGCUGUCUGGAGUUUAUAGAAAAACACAGUAAUGUAAUAGUGAAAGAAAAGCUUCUCUCAGAUUUAGGCCAGGAAUGUCUCGGUGAUGUUCUCAGGUCGGACAAUCUCAAAGUCAGUGAAGAGGACAUCUUUACUGCUGUUCUGUCCUGGGCUGACCGUAGAUGUACCGAGAAGGAUCUAGAAGUGAACGAUUCCAACAGGCGACACGUCCUGGGAGAUCUCCUAUACUUACUGAGGUUUCCACUGAUGAGUCAAGAGAAGUUUGUGUCAAUCUCCGAAACAAAUGAGAGCCUGUUAUCUCUGCAGGAACAGGUGACUAUGUUUCGUGGUUACGUAACUGGCAACUUUUCUAAAUCGCCAUUUUCAUCAAACAGGAGAAGUGAAUGUAAAACGCAGAAUAUAUGCUAUAGAUUUACACAUGAACAUAUUCGCAACACAACGGGAUGGAACUAUUUGGGAGAUCAUGAUGCGUUGACAUUCAAGGUUUCUGAACCCGUGGACAUUACAGGACUUGUUCUCUUUGGGUGUACUGAAGGAAGUUCUGCAUACAAUGUCCACAUAGAAGUUGUAGAGCUCGGUCAAAUAACCAAGACAACUGUGGUAUCGACAUCAACUGAGAAAACAUUUGAGGUGCUCUUCAGUAAACCAGUUGAGGUCCAACCUAAUAAGAACUAUACACUGAAAGUUUGUCUCGGCAACGGCCCCAGAACGUAUUUUGGUGAGAAUGGAAUAUCACGUGUAAUGUGUGGAGACAUUUCAUUUGUAUUUUCCACAUCAAGUCAAUCAGGAAAUGGCACAGAUGUUUCCACUGGACAGAUAUUCGGUAUCAUGUUUAAUAGAAACUAAUACAGUAUAAUAUAUCGUAAUCUAUUUCAGGACAAUCCGAUAUGUUUUGAUUUGUUCAGUGUUUCACAUCCUCCAACAGCUUAGGUCAAACGAAGACGGGCGCCUAUGGAGACACCACCAAAUCCUGUACAAAUGUAGCUUGAUGUCACUGUAUUCAUUGAUAUGCAGCUUAACAUAGGAUAUUCUAACACCUCUUUAUGGAUACAUUUUGAAAUCAAUGAUCUUGUUAAUUACCUUUGUCUAAUCGGCUCAUAAGGCGGAAGGACCCACGUCGGAUCGGUUCCAAAACUGAUAACUUUUUACAUGAAUAAUUCUUAAGUAUUCUGGACGUAGUCUCAGAAUGCAUGUCCGAUAUUACAUUUCUGUUUACAGCUGAUUAGUUUUAAAUAUUUGAAAUUUGUUUGUUUGUUUGCGGUUUUGAAACUAUAGCGAGUGUGAGGACCAAACGAUUUGUGCAGGACAGUACGAAUAAACUAAAACCAUGAGAAUAUAGUCAUUCAAUUAAAUUUGAAAUGAAAACAAUGAAAAUUG